AUGGACCAACGUAGCUUUCACCAGGACCUCCUCCUUGAUCUACUCAAGGCCAUACGAUCCGUGGACGAACCACAUGCCCGAAGGCUGUUCCAGUUAUUGCGGGAGGAUUCUUCCUUGCAACAACUUCGGUCGUACCUUGACAGGACGUUGAGCGAGGUGCAAGUUUCAGGUCAGGGGAGCGAGGUGAUCAGGAAUCUCUCUAGUCUCCGAACCCGGAUUGAUGUGGAAGAUGGAGGGCCCCCAUCUCGGCCAAGGGUAAUGGACGUUCAGUACUUGUGCGACAUGACUCCAUAUCGUGUGCCAGCCAAACCAUGGACCACCGUGACGGAUGAUGACAACCUAGUCUCCCACCUGGUUUCCUUAUACUUUACCUGGGAUUAUCCAUUCUACGCCUUCGUCGACUCAAAAGCAUUCCUUCGCCAUAUGACAGCUGGCAACGUUGACUCGGACCUCUGUAGCCCGUUCCUUGUGAACGCUCUCCUCGCCAACGCAUGCUACUAUUCGCAGUACUCCGAAUCGUAUGCGGUACCUGGAGAUGUCUCCAUCACUGGCCGCAAAUUUCUAGCCGAAGCGGAGCGGUAUCUACCAAGCUACCAACUAGAAAAGGGUGAGGGGGUCAGGCUGGCUUCCUUGCAAGGCGCAUUGCUCUUAUAUGAAAGGUAUGCCAUGUCGGGCGAGGAUGAUCUAGGCUACACGAUGCUCAAUCUUGCAAUCGACAUGGGAGAGUCACUAGGGCUCAUCAACCAUGACCCGCUCGAUUUAAGCAAAAUGCAGCUAUCAGAUGAAAUGAUCACAUCCGUAACGCGAACGGCGUGGGGGUUGUUUCAGGUGGACACAGUCGUUCACACGAACUUUCUGAAACCGAACCGUGUCACCAGCGUCAGUCUCGAUCGUAUCGAUCGCAAUGAGUCCGGCCCGGGAGACCUGUGGGUUCCGUAUCCGACGGAGAAGAGGCCCCGGCAGUCAUGGCUGAGCCAGUACUUCGAUGAGGCCUGUAAGCUAUCGUAUAUUGCACGGGAUAUCUCGCGACACCUGUACCAAGAGACUACCAGCCAAGCCGAUCAGUAUCGACACAAACAAGAGUUCUACAGUAAGCUCCGCCAAUGGGAGCGAAGCCUUCCGGUAACCCUGCGCGAAGCCAAGAGACCACCACCCCAUAUCAUCCUACUGAGGAUGCGAUACCAGGCACUCAUCAUCGGCUUGUCACGGGAUGGCUUUGGGGUCCAGUCGUUCUUUCUCGACUCAGAGGAGCAGCGACGGACCAUGGACGAGUCCGCGCACGAGAUUAGUCUCGUAGCCGCGCGAGAAAUCUCUUCUCUGGCACGCAUACAUCGAGAAGAAUACGGCAUGGACCGCGCCCAUCAGUUCGCGACCUACGCAAUGGUGCUCGCGCUCUUCACCAUGCUUGAUCACCCCUCCUUCGACAUCCUCGAUCACGACUUCUUAUCCCUGACGAGUGCGUUCUCCACUUCAGCCAACCGUUCACAGGUCGGCCGAUUUCUGUUUCAUAUCUUCCGGCAGUCUGUACAUUCUCGCAACCAAGACGAGCGGGUGCUGCAGUCGGACGCCGUGCCCGCCGACAUUAAAGAGCUGUUUGGUCGAGAGCCGCCAUCCCACCUGCCGGAUCGACGGGGCGACUAUACCGAUGGGCUUGAGCGAUAUCGGGGAAGCUUUUCGAGCGAUCCAUGGAACUACACAGCGUCGGGGGUCCGUGACAUGCUCGAAAAGUACGAGCGUCUAAGUUUGGGCAAUGCAGACAGUACACGCAGUCGUCAGCCCUCUUCGCCCAGCUUGGCCUGGACGGCCUAG